CCUACACCUCUAAGUACUUACGGCCCCCUUCUCGGAUACAUAACAAGAAAGGGAUGGUGAUGAUGAGGAGGAGGAGCUAACAACUCACAUCUCUCCUUUCUCGCACCUUGCUCUCAGAGGGACCUUUCUUCCUAGCUCUCUUCGGAGCUUCUUCAUAUCUCGUUGCCCUGGCCUGGCCAUCCUACACACCAAUUCCACCCGAAUGCUACUGGAAAACUUGCUGGGACAGCAGUUUGGCGACCAGCGGAAGCAACUUAUAUCUUCAUACGCCUUGACCCUCGCAGGAUGGUAUAUACUGCGAACUUAAUGACAGGAAACACUCGAAUCAGAACCCACAGAAACAGGAACAACAAAAGCAGCAUAAGAAGAGGAAAGGGCCCAAAACAAAUUCUUUUUUUUUAAAAAAAAUGGCCCCCGGAAGCCGUCGCUCAAUCCGCUCCUCCACACCCAUCCCCAUGCCCGUCAUCGCCGAGGACGAGAACGCAGCGGAUCCACGACGACAUGGAGCAACGACACCAACAGUACCACCUCGAUCGCCGCACCGACGACCACCAUCUACAAGGAGUACGAGGAGCAGUGGAGUUUUGGGUAGUGCGAACAACAACAGCUUAUACACACCCAGCACAACGAGACCGGCAUUGUCCAGAGCAAGCAGUGUACCACAAUAUGUACCGAAGCGAGUACCGGGGAUAAGAGCAGUAGGGGGGGAAGUGGGAAGUGUAAGGUCUAUACCGCUUAAUAGUAAUGGGAGUGAGCGGUGGGUGAUACUGCCGACGACGGAGAGGGAUCGGGAGGGGACGUCUGAGGCAGAUGGUAGUCCCAGGCCAGCUAAAGGGAAGAGUGAGGAUGGGAGAGGGGUACACGGAGGGAAAGAUAAAGAUAUGGCAUUAGGGGGGUGGGUGAGAAGACGGGGUAGAUGGUAUAAGGUGGUGGUUUUGGGGAUUUUGGUAAUUGGUCUGAUUGUGGGAUUGGCGGUUGGUUUGACGAUUGGGUUGAGGAAAAGACACCACUCCUCCGACCCCGACCCCCCAUUACCCACCGACCUCUUCCCCGCCAGCUCCUACACCUUCACCGCCGCUCUAACCAACCUCUCAGCCUCCUGCGCACCCCAACGGAAUCCUGCCCUCUGGCGAUGCUAUCCCUACACUCUUUACUCUCCGUCAGCGAACGAAAGCACCUCUGCUGCGUCCUUCCGCUGGAUCAUCCGACCCAUAACCACCUACUCCUACGUCAUCUCCUCUUCCGACGACCCCUUCUCGCCGACGGGCACCUUCCGAGACGUCAACCUCACCAUGAUCGAUGCGAAUCAACCGAGCGAGCGGUUCACAUUUAGUUUUACUAUGGCGAAGGCGGUGGUGCCGGAUGUUACUACGGGCAGCACGGCCUCGACUGUGUCUUUGACACCAACAACGACGACGACGAUUGCUGUAUCAUCAUCUUCGGCUUCGGCUUCGAAGACUGCUUCUAACGGAGGGGAGGAAGCCAACGGGACUUCUAGACGCAGAUGGUCAAGAGCAGGGGCGGCGAAGAGGGCACAAGCAGAUAACAGCACAAUCUCGCGACAUACACCGACACCAGCGCCCGCAAUAUGCUGGUAUAAUCAGACGGUAGUCAGGGGCACAAUCUGGACGCGCAUGAGGGCGAGUUACCCGGCUAAUAUCAGCGAUGUGUCGACACCACUACUCAACGCAACGAACGUGUUUGCGCCGUGGCCGUUUGCGGUUGAGUUGACGUUGGAACAGACUUAUGAGGAGGACGAAAGGGGGAAUGGGAAGAAAGCGCCGGAUUGCAGGGAUGCUGAGGGAAAGCCUGUGGUGUUUAAUGAUAAUGUGAAGGUGUCGGUUGGGGCGAGGGACAUGGAGGCUGUGGACGUUGUGGAUGAAGCAGAUAUCUGCAGGUGUUCGUAUGCGAACUAUGGCCUGGACACUACUACCUCUAGUAAUAGUUCUGGUACCUCUAACCCACAAGGGCAGAGUCGAGGUCUCGGCUAGAAUCAUGAGAAAAAGGUUCAAGCAGUACUGGGUACCACCUACCUUAGCGACGGAACUGGCGAGUGAGUGUUCUGGAAUCUGGAAUGAUGAUACCAGAGUGGGGCGUGAUGGGCAGAAUAUCGUUCCGUAGGGCUGAAAGCUGCCGUUAGGUGAACCAGACAUCGCCGACCCUCCUUUAGUGUAAAAGCAACAACCUCGGAUACUCCCAUGCUUAAACGGCAUAAGAGACAAGCUUGGCAGGCACGUCGACGACCGUCGACGACUGGCAGCCAGUCAACAAGC